AUGUGAGGUAGAGGAGGUUUUAGCAAAUAAGUAAUUGUCCUUUUUAGGGAGAUGUUAUUCCCACCGACAAAGCACUUAAAUAGAUUUCUAUUACUGCAGUAGCAGGAAACAGAAGAGGCAUUUUUUUCCAUUAAUCGUAUAUCUUCUUCGAUCAAUGCAAUCCAGUUCGCCUAUAAAUAGAGCUCUUUAACAGAUUCGCAAUCGCAUCUUUCUAUCUGCAACUGCCAUCUUCAUGGAGCCAUUGGUUGCUCGAUCUUCAAGUUAUGAUGUUUUCAUCAGCUUCAGAGGGGAAGACAACCGCAAUACCUUUGUUGGCCACCUUUACAGAGCUCUAAAGGAUUGUGGAAUCCAUGCUUUUGUUGACAGCAAAGAUCUAUGGAAAGGAGAAGAUAUUGAACCCGCACUUCUCAGAGCAAUAAAAGGCUCGAAGCUCUCAAUUGCUGUCUUCAGUGAAAGAUACGCAGAAAGCAAUUGGUGCCUCAGGGAGCUUUCUCAGAUGCUAGAAUGUCAUAGAACCAAUGGUAACUGUGAAGUUGGCGACAAAGCUGUGAAUACCUGAUUCAUGGUAAUAAGAACCGUAGCACGUUACUUAUACAAGUUACUUAUCCAAUACUUCGCCGCCGACUAGAUGAGGAUGUAAACAUUCUAAUGGAGAAUGUGCUACCAGUACCACUCUGAAUUUUAAAGCUUGUAUCCGUAGCAAAUUAAGGCAAAAAAACAACUACCUAGUGUGAAACUAGGCAGACAAUUGAGGGCCUGAUCAAAUUGAUAAAUCAAGAUAUAGACUGUAUUCACAAAUUCGAAGGGUUUAAUUGGCUUAGGUUUCAGCAGGUAGGCCGAGGUCAUCAUGAUCCUACUGCUGAUGAUGAAUAUGGCCAUGAAUGUGAGAUCAGAUGCACUGUGACAGAGCUACACCUCUUCCUAAUGAAAGAUCAGGGCCCUAAAUUGGAGACAUUUCACAAUCAAUCCAUUACUGCUGCUCCUGAGCAAGAAGAGGAGAGUACUAAUAAAAUGGGAGGACACAGAGAGAAAGUAGAGAGGGCUGAUCAUAUAUAUAUGACUAUAUAUAAUAAACAUCCUCUUGACAAUGAUGAUGAUCCGGCAAGUCCUUCUUUCUCUGUUGCUCAACAAGUUGAUACUGUGACACUGAAGUGAUUAGG